GGAAUGUGACAGAGCACUAGGAACAAAGAACAGUGUAUCGCCGAUCACUAGCUGAGCGGUUACACCUUUCCCGCCGUUGGCUAUCACCACCCAAGAUAAACCCACUACAAAAGCUUCGCCAAAUCAUCGGCCGCUUUUCGGGUCGAUCCCGCCCAACCUCUUGAUCGGCCCGUCGGGUGAUAAGAAAAUAGGGUGGCCUCUCAUUGCCCGAGCCGUGGGUCUUCUCUACAGGGAUUCGAUUCCUGUAUGCAUCCAACAAAGAAACCUCUGCGUCGUAGCCUUGCUGACAGGUCACACCUAUCAGUGAGGCCAGCAUUUAAGUCUGGAGCUGAUUCUCCUGUUUUCUGGCGUUGGAAAUAUUCCAUCAGCUCAGUUGUGUCCUCAGUUUAGCAAGGAUGUCCACCGAACCCGUUGACGUCCUCAUCGUUGGCGGUAGUCCCGCCGGCUUAACAGCCGCCCUCACUCUGGCACGUCAACUCCACACGGCCGUCCUCUUCGACAACCAGUCCUACCGCAAUGGCAACUCUCCUUUCAUGCAUAUGAUCCCGACAUGGGACCACAAGGAUCCAGCUUUAUUCCGUGCUCAAGCCCGUCAGGAGAUCGCUGAGAAGAGCGAUGAUGGUCUCUUCAAAUUGACAGAUGCCAAUGGCGGCGUGUGGAAAGGAAGGAAGUUGAUCCUGGCUACCGGAUCAAAGGACAUUUUCCCAGAGAUUCCCGGAUAUGCUGAGGCUUGGGGGAAGCGCAUCUUCCACUGCCUCUUCUGCAAAGGAUACGAGGACCGAACUGCAAAACGGGCCGGUGUCCUUGCCAUUCAGUCCGCUGCGAAUGUGCCCAUGGCUAUGUAUCAGGCGGAGAAUGCUGCCCAGCUGGCUGAGCAGGUCACCAUUUAUACCAAUGGGACUGAGGAUCUGGGGGCACAGUUGACCGCCACCUUAUCUAGUCAGGGCACCAAUGCUGUGUUCAAGGUUGACAACCGUGCAAUCACCGGCUUGGCGCUGAAUGACGAUGACUUCACCGCCGUUCAGGUACAGCUUUCCGAUGGAAGCCAGGUUGAGGAGGCGUUUCUCGUGCACAACCCCAACACGGAGGUCAAGGGCUCGUCGGCUAGUCAGCUUGGACUGGACAUUUCGCCCAGCUUCGUUCCCGGCACUGGUGAUGUAGCUGCUGCCGCGCCCUUUUAUCAGACCAGCAUUCGGGGUGUAUUUGCUGCGGGUGACUGUAUCACUCCGUACAAGGUGGUUGCAGGGGCGAUUUCGAGUGGAUGUAAUGCGGCUGUUGCGGCUUCGGCGCAGUUGCUGGCGGAGAAGCAUGGUCAUCAGCCGCUGUUCUGA